GCUCUUACAGCUCAACGGUAAGUAUACACUCUGAUAUCCAUCAGUAUUAUGUUUCUGAAAAAAAUUACUGGUGCAGGAAUUAAAGGAAUGUGAAAAUUCCAUCUCUUCACCAUAGCUACUAGCCACGAUUGUGCCAGAAGUAGGAAAUAUGUUUGUUCUGUUGAUUGUAAUGCUAGUACUAGUGAAGCAAAUGCUCCCAACGUGCCUCCAUGGGACGUAGAGUGGCCUGUUCCUUUAUUAUUCCUUUUUAUUUUUAUUUUUUUUUCCUGUAAAGGGCAUUUAAUGGCAGACGAUAAUAUAGUCCACUUUCUUUCUCUACUGCAGCAGAAAUAGGGUUUAGAGGCAGCCUUCUAACCCAUGAAUACCCCACCAUGGUUGUCCUUUAGACUUAAGAGACAAUGCUCUGCUCUCACACUUCCUACUUGAGAGACUCGGCGAGGAAAGGGGCUUCCAUUUGUCCAAUAGGUUACCCUACUGAAACAGAGCAGCAGUGAAGAGGCAUAGGUUGAAUUCUCCCAGUGUCACCAGAAGGGAGAACCAGUGAGAAGUCAGCUUCUGGCAGACAACCUCCAUUAUUCCCUUUUUUUCUCUCUCUGCUAUCUCUGUGACAAGUGCUUGCAGGAAAGUUCUUUUGAUAUACAAUUGUUGUUAUCACUUGAAAGGUGGACAAUGAUGACCAACCUCUGCCAAUUUCAGAUUCUGUUCCUCUGGCUUUUAUCCAUACCUCCUUCUCCAGUCUUUGGAGCAGAAAAAGGCUUCUGCCAGAGACCACUGGAGAUGGUCUCCUUUGCUGCAGCUAAAUGGAAUUGUAAAUCCUCAUUUUGAAAUUUUUAUAUACAGUUUAUGUAAUUUAAAUACUUGUAUUCAUGUUUGUUUUUCUUGCAGGCAGGGUCUAACAGAAGAACACACAUUGUGGCAAUUCUUGCACUAGUGAAAGAGGCCCAAUGGAAAGACUCGUCAGACAAAUUUCUCUCUUCAUUUUCAACCAUAGCAACAGUACAAGCUUCUCUCCUCCCUAUUGUGGAAUGACUGCCUCUAGGGGGAUGGGACAGUAGCUCUGUGUCCAGUCAGUACAUGCUUUAAUUACAUCGAGACAAACCCUUUAUAGAUUAGAUCUAAUCUCUUGUAAAUGAAAUAUAAAUGCUAUAACUUGCCUGGCCAUUAUUACCUCAGUUUGCUAGGAAACCAAUUGUUUUAUUAUGUCACAGCCGCACACCACAGGUAUCAUUAUGAUGUUCUAGAACUCUUUAUUGAAGUUCACUGUAAGCUAGCAUCAUUUUAAUAUACCUCUGUCAAGGAGUAUGAAGCUCAACUAAUAGCAUAAAUAACUAUAGCUGAAAAAGGUCAAAGCGAGAAAGGAGGAUUGGAGAUGGACCUUUCUAUAGCAGAAACUCCACAUGUUUCAGCUCAGGAUGAAAUGGUUGAUUCUGCUGUCUCAAUUUCUUCUGCUAUUCCACUGUGUGAUAAAACAGCAACUGGUGACUCUGCCUUGAGGUCUAUAAUAGAAGAAAAUGCCUUUCAAGUUUUGAGUGAUGGACCCUGGAUAAAAAGACCACGUCUUCUCUGUGAUGAUAGUUCCACUGAAGACAAUGAUUUUUUAUCCCUCACCUUUCCAAAGAAACUAUGGAAAAUUGUUGAAAGUGAUCAAUUUAAGUCACUUUGGUGGGAUGAUGAUGGAAAUUGUGUAGUGAUUGAUGAAGAGCUCUUUAAAAAGGAGGUGCUGGAAAGGAGAGGACCUCUGCGAAUUUUUGAAACUGAUUGUAUGAAAAGUUUCAUUCGUCAGCUUAAUCUCUAUGGCUUUAGCAAAAUGCGACAAGAUUUUCAAAGGUCUGCCUCGCUAGCUGAAUUUCUAGCAGAAGAAAAAGCAGCAUCUGCUUUUAGCAAGUUACAGUUCUACCAUAACCCGAAUUUUAAGAGAGGCUCUCCCCACCUCCUUGUAAGGUGUAAGAGAAGAGUUGGCAUAAAAAAUACACCACCGGUUGCUUUCUCAUUAGAUGAGGAAUUCAGUGAAAACUGCCUAAAGAAUGAGGGAAGAAGCUCAGAUGUUCAGUCUGCUUUCGGAACUGCUUCCAUGGAGGAAAAUGACCUUGUUGCAACUGCUCCAAAGGAAAACAUGCAAACGUGUGCACUAAGAAAGCCUACAGUAAAUAAGGGACUUGCCAGAGCAACUGCCCGAAUCAGAAAUGGAUAUGCUUCAUCACCAGCAGCUUCACUGAGGCCAUCGGAACAUGUGACAGCAGAAGACUGUGAGAAGUUGAAUCAGCUGGCUCCAUUCCACUUAUCCCAAAAUAACAGCCAUACUCGAGUCAGCACCCAUGAUAUAGAUUCCACUACAACUACAUCUGCAACUUCUUUGUACCAUGUCAUACCUCCUGUAUCAAAUAGUCCCUUUGGACCUGUAAUGGGGCUUCCUGCCUUCCCAAACAUGUAUCCAGACUUAUCAGCUAUGCAGGCUCAUUGGGCUAGUUUGCUGCCAUUUUGUAACCCAUGGUUCUCAAUGCCUAUGAUUGCAGCAGCCUCUGCCAUUUCAAUGUCAAGAUCAUCUCAUCACCGAACUCCAUCUUACCAUCACUGCCCUAAUUGCAACUGCACUUCAAAUAAUGCAUCUGCUGCCAAAGGCGUUGAACCAAAGCCUACUGAAUAUUCAGGAUACCAUCGAUAAAGCAAAAGACUUUUAACAUUUCGUAUUCUGGGGAGAAAGUCACUGACAAGUCUGCAAUGAAACUGUCUGAAGAAUAAAUGUCUUUUUCCAGUU